AUUCGGGGCGCGCAAUGCAAUCCCGGACUGACAGCGGGGCUCCAAUGUCCGCAAAGUCCCCACGCAAACUCGUUAUAUAUGAAGAGCGACAAUCCCCUCAAAACCCACACUCACCCUCCAUUCUCCAGCUAUUCCCCAACAAACACCCUUUCGAACCCACUCUUGCCUUGAGGAGCAGAACCUUUGAGUCAAUUACACUCUGAGGACAAUAUCAUACGCUCCGCCCAAGAUGCGUUUCUACGGCAAGAAAACCAAGGAGGAGGAAGGCAAAGGAACUCCAAACACCACAACGCCUACAGAUACGCCAACACGCAACAACUCUCACGCUGCACCACAUGGAGCUAUUGAAGAGCCAACCAAAGUCCCUUUCAUCGCCGUGGUUCUCGGAGCGACCGCCAGUAUCGGUGGCUUCAUGUUCGGGUACGAAUCGGGACAGAUUUCUGGAUUUCUCGCUAUGUCCGACUUUCUCGAAAGGUUUGGUGAGAAUGGAGCAUUCUCCCCUAUUCGUCAGGGAACAAUCGUUGGUCUUCUCGCUAUUGGUACCCUCAUCGGCUGCUUGUGCUCCGCACCCCUAGCUGAUACAUACGGUCGACGUCUUACUAUCUCUGGUUCUGCAUUCUUUUACAUCAUCGGCGUGAUCAUCGAGAUCACCAGCGAGAGGGUGUGGGUACAAUUUGCUAUGGGCCGCUUCGCUGCUGGACUUGGCAUAGGCGCGCUUUCCACGGUCGUGCCAAUGUACCAAUCUGAGUCGAUCCCAAAGAAGAUUCGUGGUGCAACUGUUAGUUCGUACCAGUUGCUCAUCACGCUUGGUAUCUGGACAGCCUACAUGGUGAACUACGGUACAUCGGCAGGCUACGCCAAUAGCGCGCAAUGGCGUAUUCCCAACGGACUUUCUGCUCUUUGGGCCAUUAUUCUGGGCACCACAAUUCUUCUCCUACCCGAGUCGCCUCGUUACGCCUACCGCAAGGGCAACGUCGAUGAUGCUCGCCUGAACAUGGCACGCCUGAAUGGCGUCGAUCCCCAUUGCGCCUUCAUCGACAACGAAAUCCGGGAAAUCCAAGAGAAGCUAGAGGCAGAGGCAACCGGUGGCGAUCACCCAUGGCACGAGAUCUUUACUGGUCCGCGUAUGCUGUACCGCACACUGUUGGGCAUGGCUCUUCAGGCUGGUCAACAACUCACGGGUGCCAAUUACUUCUUCUACUACGGAACUACGAUCUUCGCCGCAACCGGAUUGAAAAACUCCUAUGUCACAUCCAUCAUCCUUGGCACUGUCAACGUGGCUGCUACGAUUUUCGGACUUUGGAUGGUGGAGAAUGUCGGCCGCCGCAAGGCCAUGAUGGGCGGUGCCGCAUGGAUGUGCAUCUGUCUGUUCAUCUACUCCUUCGUCGGACAAUACAUGCUCGACCACGUCAACCCGCAGUCCACUCCCCAGGCCGGUAACAUCAUGAUCGUUUUCACCUGUUUGUUCAUUGCAGCUUUCGCGACCACCUGGGGUCCUCUUGUUUGGGCCAUUGUCGGCGAGCUUUACCCUGCCCGUUACCGCGCUAUCUGCAUGGCUCUGGCUACCGCUAGCAACUGGCUGUUCAACUUCCUCAUCUCGUUCUUCUCUACCUUGAUCACGAAGAAGAUUGAUUACUUCUACGGUCUGGUCUUUGCCGUCAGCUGCGCUGUGCUCUUCUUCGUCGUCUACUUCUUCAUGAUCGAGACCAAGGGCCGCUCGCUCGAGGAGGUUGAUACUAUGUACAUGCUACAUGUCAACCCUAUCACGAGCUCUAAGUGGGACCCAUCGUCGCUGCAAAAGGACGGCCUGGUAGAUACGGACAAGCUGCACUACGGUCCUGGUGGUCGCGCCUGGAGCAAGGCUGAGCAGGCUGGAACGAGGGGUGGUAUCUUGGAGCCUGCUGAGCGACAGGAGGUCCAAGUCUAGAUCUCGGAAAAGAACUUGAUAUGCAAGUCGCCUAACACUGUUCUAGUGUUGAGGGACGACCACGAAGACUAGAUGUUGUAAUAUUUUCGCAGUCUACUACACAUGUACGAAGUAAGAUGAGACGAUCCUAAUUUUAUGUAACAAAUUCAAUUUUACUUUCUCCCAAUGUAUAUUCCCCCCUGUCUGUGAACUUUGAUGUAAGCUGGAUUCCUAAC